GUCAGGUCCCAAUUGGGUCUUUGUCCUGCUCUCUCCUCGUUACAACGCUUCCCAGUGCAUCAACCGCUCCCCGAUCUGUGCUACGUCGAUCCAAUCCCCCACGACAGCGCAAAGUCCCACGGAAUCACGGUACGGUAUAGCGACUCGCAUCCUUUAGAAAGGAGACUGACUAGCUGAACCACCAACUCUGCUCUUCGCUGGCUGUAGCUUAGAUACCUCUGGCUACUAUAAUACCACAACUCUUCAAGAACAAGCCAACCUACACAAUGCACGCACUAUCCAACUCGCCUCCGUCACGGCCGAAGGGCAUCCUCAAAAAGCCGAGCGGCUUAGAUCUUUACACCAGACCUCGGAGUUUAUCAACGGCAUCGAAGAAGAGCGCCGCCUUCGAUGAUGUCGCGCGAGACAUUGUGACGGGCGCAGAGGUACCACAGAGCCCUAUUCACUCCUCCGAGUACCGCGCUUUCCACAAGGAGUACCGUCAAGAAGCCGGAAGAGCGCUCUUGCUGGCCAAGAUCGACGGAAUGUACGACGAUGUCAUCCGACGCCUCGAGGUGAAGGUGGAAUCAUAACACGAACGCGCAGCCUCUUUCUUUUCUUCGGCCAAAACACGAAAAUCGGUCACAAAAUAUCAAACGACAGGUCAUAUCAUAGGCGUUCUGCUGGUUGGUGUAUAACAUUUGUCAAUUUGGCUUAAAUCAUAUCUUCUGGACUGCAGGAGCAUCGACGAGUUGUGUUUUACAUUUCAUCACCUAAUACCGCCCACGCGGUGGUCGCCCCGUAACGUUGGCGGAUGUCACAUGGUCUACGGCGUUACUCAGUCCCAUGAAACAUCACGCCGAAAUGACGCCAACAGGGCCAUCUACGGUGUAAGUUCGGAUCUA